AUGACGACCCCUAGCCUUGAUUCUACAGGUAAUACUUUUCCUACUUCUGAGUUUACCAUGGGGGUACAAGAACAAGAAGACAUAGAAAACAUGUUGUCUAUAGCUGUUGAAGGAAGUAUCAUAGGGGGUGGUGAAGCACCGGACAGUGCUACUGGGGCACCUACUAAGGGACCUGAUCCCUCCACCCAAGAUGAGCCAACCCCUGGUUCCUCUCAAUCACCCCAGGUUAGUAUUGAUCCUUCUCCCUCUCCUCACUUUUAUGCUGAGCCUUUGUCCAUAGUUAUCCCUGAGAUGCGAUCCUUGUCCGAGGAGGAAAAGGAGGAUAGUGAAGAAGAAGAUUAUGAUAAUGUGGCUCUAGCGAGCUUUAUUAGUGCUAGAAGCAAAGUAAAAAGGAAAAGACGAAGAGGAGAUUUGGUGAAAGAUGGAAAGGCUGUCAAUGAAAAGGUAGUGCCUCCUACAAAAGUUGUGAAUGUUGAUAAUGAUGUCACAGAGGAACUAGUUUCCUUGGUUCGUAAGUCCUCAAAGAACCUUACUGUUCCAAAGACCAAAAGGGAGUCUUCUAUGGUUAGAAAGGAGUUGAGAUGGGUUGAGGGUGAAAAAUUUGUUGAGAAAGAGAGUGAGAUGCGUGUGAGCAAUGCUGAGGGUGAAAAAUCUAGUGAAAAUCUGGUUAAAAAGUCUGUUGAAAAAGAGUCUGUUGAAAGAGUGUAUGGGAAAUCUGCUGAGAAAGGAAAGAGUGCUCGAAAAUCAGUGAAAAGGAAGAGUAAUGCCAGUGAGGAUCCUGGUUCGUUCAAAAGGGCCAAGGUUGAUGAUGCCCAGGAUGCUGGGAAGGCAAAAUUGAAAAAUCAAAAAGUGUUGUGGGGCUGUACAUUUGCCCCUAAUAUUCUGGAUAUGGUUGGUAUGCGUCAAUUGGUGGAAAUAUGUGAAUUUCAACAGUGGACACACCUGUUCACAGGUGACAGUCCCAAAGUGUAUGAGGAAGAAGUGCGCAGCUUUUAUGUCGGCUUCUUUAAAGUUGAGCACGAUCAUAUUUGUAUGAUGGUGAAUGGUGUUGAUUUUGUGAUGGACUUUGCUGUGCUGGGAAGUAUUUUGGGAGUGCCUGCUGAGGGUUUGUCUACUGUUCAGGGAACCUGCUCUUCAAACUUUAGAAAUGUUUUCCUGAAGGAUACAAUAGCUCAGCAAGGGGAACGGGUACGGAAGAAAGCCCUCCUUCCAGUGUACCAAUUGUUGUUUGAAAUGGUGAACAAGGUUUUGCUUCCUCAUGCAGAGAGAAGAUCCAUUACAUCUCGCGCAGACCUGGUUCUCAUGGAAGCACUGGAUAGCUACACAACUAUCAACCUGCCCGGCAUCAUGACAGAACACAUGCAGAAAGUGGUAGAGUUCAAGGAUGGUAAUCAUGAGCUGCCUUACGGGUUCCUUCUCACUAAGGUGUUUGAGUUCUUCAAAGUCCCUUUGGGACAUGCUAAGAUGGGUACCAGUAAGAAAACCUUCUCCAAGACCACCCUAGAGGAAUGUGAAUGCAUUGAAAAUGUUGUAGGGGUCGGUAGUACUUCUACUAUCUCCCAGUUGAUCAACGCCCUAAACAGUUCCACUAUUGAGAUAAGUAAGCUGAAGGCAAGGAAUGCCAUUCUUGAGGAUCAGCUAAGUCAGCUUCAGGAGUCACCUGGUUCCAGCAUGCUAGGAAACAUAAGGGAUCAGGUCCUUGUGUUGGUUCUCUAUCUUCUAAAGUUGCAGCAGUUCACAUUAGCUGGAGUCCGUUAA